AAGUUUAGCCUUCACCCUCAAAACCUCGCCUUCUGUUUCUUUGUUUAGCACUUCUUAAAGGAGCAGAACCAAUCAGAAAACUGGAGCUAGAAUAGAAGAAGAUAAAGAAGAUGAUGAUAUGGGAUGCCACAGCCACCACCAACAACGACAACAAUGUACCCAACACCGAACAAUUCGACUCCGACCAAGAUUCUUACCUUAAUUUCGAUUUCUUCUCAUCCAUUUCAAAACCCAAGGAUUAUUACAAGAUAUUGAAAGUGGGUUAUGAUGCUACGGACGAUGCGAUUCGAACCAACUAUAUACGCCUUGCCCUGAAAUGGCACCCGGAUAAGCAGAAAGACCAUGACAGUUCCACUUCCAGAUUCCAGGAAAUAAACGAGGCUUAUGAAGUUUUGAGUGAUCCUGUAAAGAGGUUUGAAUAUGACAAGAAGGGAAUGCAGCAUGUCUAUGAUUACAAUAUAAUUGAGUAUCUCAACCGUUACAAGGGUCUUAUAUUGACGUGCAAUGGUCUUGGAAUAAAGCAUUCAAUCUGGUAAAGAGAUGGGCCACAAUUCAAAGAGAGAUCAUUUUAGGUAGAAUUUUGGUUAGUGCAUCACUGCAUUACUUCGUAGUAUCUGUUGAGUCAGCAAGUGGUACAAUUGAGAACAAGGACCUGUGGUCUCGGGGUGUAUUGGGGGUUGCUGUAGGCUUAUUCUUAUUUAUAAAUAGAAGCAAAGAUAUCACCAUCUUGUUGUGACGUAAGAAGCUCAUGUUAGUUACCCUCGUCUUGGAGGACUGUGAUUAUAUACCUUUCUCCUUUUGUUUAUGAAACGGUUGAAGGGUAUUUUAGUUAACGCUCUCUCUAUAUGAAUAUAAAUAUAGAAAUUUUAUUCGGUAGAGGCAUUACUUUUGUCCCUACCGAAGGGGCAUUACUUUUGUCCCUAUCGUAGAGGCGCCUUUUAUUUUUGACAUUUAGAGAAAUUAUAAUCCAAUUUAUUUUAUGAUGAUGUA